CUCUCAGUACCUACGGCAAGUGGGAGUGCUCCCUAGUCGUCGCCUUCUCCAGAAGUCCAACCUUUAACCCAUACCACUUUAUAAAUACUCCUCUUCCUCGCAACACCUUUCCUCUCACCUUCUCUCUCCAUCCAUUUGGGCUCUCAUUGAUGAUUGGAUUGGAAACAAGUGGUUAUAGUGUACUGUAAAGAUGGAGCACUCCCUAAGGCUCAUAUUUAUUCCUCUAUUCUUAUGCUCCUGGAUGGCAAUGGGAGGAGCAGAGUAUUUGAAGUAUAAGGACCCCAAGCAACCACUGAAUGUUCGAAUAGACGACCUAUUAAGCCGGAUGACUCUGGCUGAGAAGGUUGGUCAGAUGUCGCAAAUUGCAAUGGAAAAUGCAACAUCUGAAGUCAUUAAUAAAUAUUUCAUAGGUAGUGUAUUGAGUGGGGGAGGUAGCGUGCCUGCUCCUAAAGCUUCUGCGGAGGCUUGGGUGAAUAUGGUAAAUGAGAUGCAGAAGGGUGCUCUUUCUACCCGUCUGGGAAUUCCAAUGAUCUAUGGCAUUGAUGCUGUUCAUGGUCACAAUAACGCCUAUAAAGCUACGAUUUUCCCGCAUAAUAUUGGUCUUGGAGCUACCAGAGAACCAGCACUUGUGAAGAGAAUUGGUGCUGCAACUGCUCUUGAAGUGAGAGCAACAGGCAUUCCUUAUGUUUUUGCUCCAUGUGUUGCGGUUUGUAGAGAUCCAAGAUGGGGUCGCUGCUAUGAAAGCUACAGCGAAGAUACAAAAAUUGUCCAAGCAAUGACAGAGCUCAUCCCUGGCCUACAAGGAGAAAUUCCAGCAAAUUCUCACAAAGGAGUUCCCUUUGUUGCUGGACCCAAGAGAAAUGUUGCUGCAUGUGCUAAGCACUAUGUUGGCGAUGGCGGAACAUACAAAGGCAUCAAUGAGAACAACACCAUCAUCAGUCUACAUGGGCUGCUCAGCAUUCAUAUGCCUCCUUACUAUGAAGCUAUCACUAAAGGUGUCUCAACUGUGAUGGUCUCCUUUUCAAGUUGGAAUGGAGUGAAAAUGCAUGCUAACCAUUACCUAGUGACGGACUUUCUCAAAAACAAGCUCCAUUUCAGGGGUUUUGUGAUAUCAGAUUGGCAAGGUAUUGACAGGAUUACCAGUUCUCCACAUGCUAAUUACUCAUAUUCAAUACAAGCGGGAGUUCAUGCUGGCAUUGACAUGGUAAUGAUUCCCUAUGACUACCCAGAGUUCAUUGAUGAUCUCACAUACCAAGUCAAAAACAACGUCAUCCCCAUGAGCCGAAUUGAUGAUGCUAUAAGAAGGAUCCUUCGGGUCAAGUUCACCAUGGGUCUCUUUGAAAAGCCUUAUGCUGAUCUUAGCUUAGCUGAUCAGCUCGGGAAGAAGGAGCACAGGGAGCUGGCCAGGGAAGCUGUGAGGAAAUCACUUGUACUGCUGAAAAAUGGAAAGUCUACGGACAAUCCACUGUUGCCUCUUCCUAAGAAGGCCAAGAAGAUCCUUGUAGCUGGGAGCCAUGCCGACAACUUGGGCUGUCAGUGUGGAGGAUGGACUAUCACUUGGCAAGGACGCAGUGGGAACAAUCUAACAAUUGGAACCACAAUCCUUGAUGCCAUCAAGGCCACUGUUGGCCCCACCACCAAGGUUGUCUACUCUGAGAACCCUGAUGCCGAUUUUGUCGAUCAUGAUCAAUUCUCUUAUGCAAUUGUAGCAGUCGGAGAGCAGCCAUAUGCGGAGACAAAUGGAGACAACUUAAACCUUACAAUUCCUGACCCUGGCCCAAGUGUGAUCCAGAAUGUCUGCAGAAACAUAAAAUGUGGUGUCAUCAUAAUCUCUGGGCGGCCCCUUGUGAUCGAGCCAUACAUGCAUAUGAUCGAUGCUCUCGUGGCUGCGUGGCUCCCUGGGACUGAAGGCCAGGGUGUAGCAGACGUGCUCUUUGGUGACUAUGGAUUCUCCGGCAAGCUCUCUCGGACAUGGUUCAAGUCUGUGGAUCAGCUCCCAAUGAAUGUAGGCGACCCACAUUAUGAUCCUCUCUUCCCGUUUGGUUUUGGUCUUAGUACAGAGCCAGCAACGACAAACUAGUGGUUUCUUUUGGCACAGAUUUAGGGAACAUUGAUGGCUUGCUAGCUUUGGGUCUGCAAGAGAGUCGUUAUCAGUUCAGGCUUAAUUAGGGUGUGGACUGUUGUUCUUUACUUUCAAGAAAGGUGGCCAUUUUUAUAUUUUUAUCAUGAAGGGUUCAAAUGAUGAACUUGUUCUUCCAAUGUCUUUAUCAGUCUUUUAUCAUCUUUGCAUUUGGGAUAUGAAAGUGUUUAACAUCCAUUUGGGACCAUGAAAAGGAAUGCUUUUAAUCAGAUAUUCUAUUUCCUAAC